AGUAGUCGUAUGCUUUUACUGCUCAUCUUGGUAAGCGGUGCAGUGGCUGCUAGUGACAGAACUUGGACUACUGAUGAAGGAGUAAAAAUUGAGAUCAUCAAGAAAAUUCCAGAUUCAAAAUGCAAGCACCGCUCUGAGCCUGGAGAUACUUUGGAGCAGUUCUAUAAGUUGACUGGCAAAGAUGGAAAAGUCAUUGGUAGCAACUUUGGGCAAAAACCUUUUACCUUUGUAUUGGGUCGAGGGGAAGUAAUUCGUGGAAUGGAUAUCGCUAUGGAAGGAAUGUGUGUAGGAGAGCAGCGCAAGGUUACCAUUCCACCUGAGGAAGGAUUUGAUGAUCCAAGCAGUAUGGAUGGCGUCGAUGGAGCAGAAUCACUCAAUUACUUCGUUGAGCUGAAAAGCCUGUUUAGGCCAGUUCCAGGAGAUAAAUGGAUUACCGACGAGGGAGUACAUAUAAUUGUGACCCACGAAAUCGAUGACGAUGAGUGCAUCAAGGCUGAAAAGGGUGACACUCUUCAUCAGCACUACACUCUUCAUCUUGAAGAUGGCACCUUUAUCGAUUCAAGUUGGAAUCGUAACAAACCUUUCGUGUUCAAGCUGUACAAUGGAGAAGUAAUACCUGGCAUGGAUAUCGCUAUGGACGGUAUGUGCGAAGGAGAACGGCGAAAAGUUAUUAUACCAUCAGAGCUUGCCUAUGGAGAGAAAGGACGACCUCCACGAAUUCCGGGAGAUGCACCUCUGCACUUUGACCUUGUUCUGGAAAAGAUCGUAAAAUCAGAAAAAACUGAGCUCUAAACAAUACCCUGAACUUUACGUUCCAAAACUACUGUGAUAUGUUAAAAAUUCUAGUAUUGCAAAUAGUGGGUAACUUAUGUUGAGCAUUGUUAUUGUUGUUUAUUGGAUUUGGUGCUAAGUGAAUAAACUUAU